GCCUUCGGGGGGAAGUUGGAGCUUGCAUAUGCUCAUUUUUGGAAGACGGUGCACGAAGGUUAUGCCAGAGAGACUAUCGAAGCUCGUGUUUAACAAUUGGAACACCCAAUUGAUCUGGGGCUACACUCAUGGCGGCAAGGAGGAGGUCCACAUCCCUUGGGAGGAUGACCGGCCAGUGGAGGCAGAGGUUGAGGAGUGGUACAAUAUGUASGUAGUUUCAGCGGUGUCCAACGAUGGCAUCGUAGCGGACAUGCCUCAUGACGUGGAGGUGGGAGGCGAGGAUGGAGGGGAGCCACUUAUGCGAACUUGGCAGUGCAAUGACGAGUGGGAUAAAGAAGAGUGCGAGGCGGAGGACACAACCCUCGUUGGGUCCCAAGAAAAGGAUUGGCACGAGUGCACAAAGCCUGGCUGGCACUGGGAACGGGAGCUGCGGAGGAAAUCUGGUCAUUCGCAGCCAUUGCCCUCGAUGCUGUACACGGAGGAGGAGCGGGAACGGGUGUUGAAGGCAAGAGCGUCUAGGACGUGGAUGCAUGAUGCGGGGAAC